AUGGCUGUACACUUAGCCAGGAGACAGGCAUAUGCGGCGCGAUUGAUGGCGAAGACUGACCCGGACGUGUUGCGGCCAUGUCGGCUGGACCUGCGUUUCCAGUCGCCCCGGCGCGUGCGGAAUGCAUUUCGGCGUGAGCAAGCAGGAUCUGGUUGGCAGUCUAGAUACAUUGGUGAGAAUUAUUUUCCGGUGGAGGUGGCGCCGGAGUUGGCGCAAUGGCGACAGGCGACGGCGCGGAGGGCAGCGACGAUGCGCCGAGCGUCGGCGACGGGCGAAGACUCGGCUCGCGCUGCUGCAGCCGCGGUCUGCAACUGUUUCAGGCCGCGAGCACCGCCGACGUUGGCCCCGCCGACGGUGUCGCACACGCGUGUGCGAUGUCCCUAUUCGGACGAAGAAGUGGCGCGUGCGCUACACCGGACGUGCAGGUUGCGGAAGCCAUGGCCGGUGAUCGUAGAGAGGCUGCGGAAGACGGAGGCGCAGUUGCAGUUGGCCGGUGUGAAGUUAUUGGCUUCCCUUUUGCAGGCGCGCGCACUUUCCUUGCAGCUGGACACACUCGAGCAACGCAGGAUCGAAGACGACCACGUGUGGCGGAAUCUGCUGCCAUUCUGGAGUGUCGGAACAAACUCUGUCGCAACAAACUCUGUAGGAACAAAAGCAAUGGGGGCGGGCGAGCGCGGAGGUUCUUUACGGAAGUCGGGUCGGUUGAGUUCCACGUUUUUGAAGCCCGGCAACAGCUUCAUGAAGACGGCGAAUGGUCGGAGUGCGCAGUUGGCCGCGCACGUGGCGGGGUUGGGGGAUGCGACGUUGCACACAUUGCAGAUGAACCUCUCGCACCUCAAUCUCAACCAGCUCUGUCAGGUGCGGCUGGCGCUGCGAGACGUGCGUGGUCGCCGACCGAGUGUUCUGAGUUUGAGUCGUCAUUGUGACCAACAGGUGGCGGAGAAGCUGUGGCAGCUGCUGGUUUCGCGUUUGAUGACGACCGAUCAAGGACCAGACGGCGUGCUUGUGGGGAUGGAGACGGCCAUGCGAGAUACGGACUCUGCGACUGCGACGGGAUUGGGUCAACGACUGGGUCAACGACUGGGUCAGAGAUUCGGUCAGAGAUUCCGCCAGAAAAUGGGACUGGCCUGGCCAGGUCGCACACCCUACGCCAAAGCCUUCUCCAGCCACCCCUGCAUGAGCCAUCUCGCCUCGGACCUGACCUGGGACGCCGGCCGGUCGGCGUGGAGUGAAGACUGGAGCGAGUCCAGCAGCUCCGAAGACAUGGUGCCACAGGUCGUCGUCCCCGAACUCCGCCCGAAUGCACAGCAACGCAUGGGCUUCAAGGUCCUCCAGGCGCUCGGCGCUCUUGAACUGUCCGAGUGGUUGCGCCCCGAACUCAUCGAAGAACCCGAACAAGUAUUCGCAACCAUCCAGAGCUGGUGGUACGUCGACACGACCGACAUAAAGCCUGCAGACGUCAGGAAACGCGACGCCAAGGUCAAGAUGCCCCCCUGGCCUCCGUCCAAAUUGCAGUCGACCUGUUCUUCCAAGCCGCAGUCUUCAUCGAAGCCGGAGCCUUCUUCCAAACAGCGACAUGGCUCGAUGCAGUCGGCCCCGUUGCAGCCGGGGGGUGCGUCGCGGCCUGCGGCGUCGCGGCCUGCGGCGUCGAGGCCUGCGUUCAAGUUGCAUUUUGCGCGACCGGGGGCGACGAUGCAGCCGGAUCUGGCGGCGACGGUCGCGAGGGAGGAGGCGGUGUUCGACAGUUGUUUCGUCCGCAUUCCGAGUUUGGAGUUAAUGUUUCGGCGGCCGUCACAGACGGAGUUGGGAGCUGAGAUUUAUUGUUUAUCACUUUUGUCAUCUCCGCAAGAUUGCACCGCGCAUAAUGUCUGGGCUAUCCGAGCUUUGCCGGCUGAUGCAGACCUGGAGUGCCUACGCCCACCACCACCUCCAAACGCGUUUGUACCGGCGCUCCUCGGCGAUCCCGCGUUCUUACGUCGACGCGCGCGAGCCGAUGCCAACGCAUUCACCAAAGAAGCGCGACCUGCCAAAACAUUCCAGCGCCUUCAAAGCGUCAGCGCCGUCCGUGCACAACCGCCCCUCCAUGCCCUUUUGCCUCGCGGCUCCAAACUACUCAGCAGCGACAGCCGCACUAACUCCAACCCCCAUCGACUCAAACCACUCCACGAAGCCUGGAGCCCCAGCCUACCAAUUGACUGA